CUCCAACACAAACAACCACUCCACUCAAAAACAAGAAAAAAAAAUCAAGAACUUGCAGAAGCUGAAGCAGAGCAUCCAUGGCCAACAUGAUCAUGGCCUCUCCAAGAACUCUAAUCACCGCCCACAAACCCAAACCCCAAAUCCAAACUCAACCCCAUUUUUCUGUCCCCAAAAUCAGUCUCCCCACAUCCCUCAAAGUCAAGCCCCAGCACCUCCUCGCCGCCGCCACAGCCUUGUCCCUAAGCCACGCGCCGCCGUCGCUGGCGGCAGACAUCGAGAAGGCGGCCCUUUUCGACUUCAAUCUGACUCUCCCCAUCAUCGCGGCGGAGUUCCUGUUCCUGAUGUUCGCAAUGGACAAGCUGUACUACUCGCCGCUGGGGAAAUUCAUGGACGAGAGAGACGCGGCGAUCAGAGAGAAGCUGAACAGCGUGAAGGACACGUCGGCGGAGGUGAAGCAGCUGGAGGAGCAGGGGGCGGCGCUGAUGAAGGCGGCCAGGGCGGAGAUAUCGGCGGCGCUGAACAAGAUGAAGAAGGAGACGCAGGUGGAGGUGGAGGAGAAGCUGGCUGAGGGCAGGAAGAAGAUCGAGGCGGAGCUGCAGGAGGCGCUUGCUAGCCUUGAGAAGCAGAAGGAGGAUACCAUUGCCGCCCUCGAUUCGCAGAUCGCCGCCCUCAGUCAAGACAUCGUCAACAAAGUGCUCCCUACUUCUUGAUCGAUUUCCAUUCUACUUCCUAUGUAUUUUUUAAAACAAACUAUAGUAUGUAACUACUGAUUUUUAUGUUUCAACUCUGUUUUCAACUAUCAAUUAUCUCAUAUUGCAACCA